CUGGAAUGCACAUCACUGGUCAACGCCACGUGGUUUCAACAACAUGUCGGCUACCGGAAUCUUUACCGUGUGAUGAAACGUACCACAAGAAGGUUUAAGUAUCAUGGCAGACUGUAGUAGCAACCCUGUGACUGAAAAAGCCCCCCCGGAGGAGAGGGACACAGCUGACCUCCCCACAGACUCCUCAGAUAACGUUGGCACUGCAGGAGAAGGUGAGGUGGCAUCGGCGCAGAACAUAUAUGGCUACAUCAAGCAAGACCUUUUUACGUCCGAGAUUUUCAAAGUGGAGAUCCGGAAUCUGCCCAAGUUCGUUGGCUUCAAUGACCUGAAGAAGUUUCUGGCCAAGCAUGGCCUCAACCCACACAAGAUCAAGCUGUUUGGCAAGCAGACGUUUGCGUUUGUCACCUUUAAGAAUGAGGAGGAGCGUGACAAAGCCAUGAAGAUGGUGCACGGCAUGCACUGGAAGGGCCAGGUGUUGAGCGUCAGACUGGCCAAGCCUAAAGCCGAUCCCAUUCAGAGGAAGAGGAAGAAUGAGGAGGGUGAAGGUUUGGGAGGGCAGCCUCCUUCCAAGCGAGCAGAAGGUGAUGAGAAGGAGGAGCCGCUUAGCGUCCAGAUCGCCAAUGCGGUGACUCCCCUGUGGAAUGUUCCCUAUGAGGAGCAGCUCAGGACGAAGGAACAAGAUGCCGUAGCGGUUCUGCAGAGGCUGGCCAAAGAAAUUGCAAGCACCAACAAAGCCAUGGUGCCCUUACUUUUUGAUGUCAAAGGAAAACACAACAGAAUGUGCUGUCCACUGGAAGCAAUUCAUCCAUCCCCUUCACAGACAGAGUACAGAAACAAGUGCGAGUUCCUCAUCUCAGUGGGUGCGGAUGGGGAGGAUAAGACCGUUGGUUUCCGUCUGGGGAAAUAUAAAGGAGGCUCCUGUGAUGUGGUGGGGCCGCAGGAGGCGUGCCACGUCUCAACCCAGGCCAAGAAAGUUGUCCACGACUUUCAGAAAUUCAUCAGGUCAACUCCUUACACCGUGUACAGUCCCGAAACGUACGAAGGACACUGGAAGCAGCUGACUGUUCGGACCACCAGGACCAAGCAAGCCAUGGCUGUAGUAUUCUUCAACCCACAGAAACUUGAAGAAACAGAACUUGAUGCAUUAAAGAGCUCCAUGAAGAAAUACUUUUCUGAGGGAGAGGGCAAAGACAGCGGCAUCACCUCUCUCUAUUUUGUCAAAGAGGGCCAAAGGAAAUCUCCUAACAUGGAAGACUUGCCUUGUGAGCUGGUGGCAGGAGAUGGCUGCAUCCAUGAGGAACUUCUUGGUUUGAAAUUCAGAAUAUCUCCUCAUUCUUUCUUCCAGAUAAAUACAGCAGGAGCAGAGGUUCUGUACUCUACUGUUGGGGAAUGGGCGCAACUGGAUCAGGACAGCACGGUUCUGGAUGUUUGCUGUGGGACAGGAACUAUUGGCCUUUCUCUGGCUAAGAGGGUCAAGAAAGUAAUUGGAAUUGAACUUUGCCAGGAGGCAGUGGAGGAUGCUCGAGUUAAUGCGAAACUCAACGGCCUCAGCAAUGUUGAGUUUCACUGCGGGAAAGCUGAAGUUUUGUUCCCAAGUAUUCUCAAUGCUCAUGUGUCGCCAAACCUGACGGCCAUUGUGGAUCCACCAAGGGCAGGCUUACAUUCCAAGGUGAUACUUGCCAUCAGGAGAGCAGAGAAUCUUAAGAGGCUGAUUUAUGUGGCGUGCAAUGCCAAGGCGGCCAUGAAUAACUUCAUUGACCUGUGCAGGGCACCCUCCAACAGAGUUCAUGGAACACCGUUCCAGCCUGUACGAGCCACGGCUGUGGAUAUGUUUCCUCAGACUGCGCACUUUGAGAUGGUUCUGCUCUUUGAGAGAGUGGAGUACAACUCCCAGCGGCAGACCAACGAUCCAGAAGAAUCUAUAUGUUCAUCUUGAAAAGUUCCCUUGCAAAUGAUGCUCAAACAUGCAUGUCGAAUGAAACUGAACAGCUUCUUUUUUUUCUGUUCUAUGUAGAGC